AUGACUGUUCCACCUGUAUACAUUGUUUCCACUGCUCGUACCCCAAUCGGUUCAUUCCAAGGUGGUUUAUCAUCAUUAAGUUAUCCUGAAUUGGGUGCUCAUGCUGUCAAAGCUGCAUUAGCUAAGGUUCCCCAAAUCAAACCAGAGACCGUUGAUGAGAUUGUUUUUGGUGGAGUUUUGCAAGCCAAUGUAGGACAAGCUCCAGCUAGACAAGUGGCAUUAAAGGCAGGGUUGCCUGAAACCAUCGUUGCUUCCACCAUUAACAAAGUCUGUGCUUCAGGUAUGAAGGCUGUUAUUAUUGGUGCCCAAAACAUCAUCACUGGAAGCAGUGAUAUUGUCGUUGUUGGUGGUGCUGAAUCUAUGAGUAACACACCAUACUACUUGCCUACGGGUAGAAGUGGUGCUAGAUACGGAGAUGCAUCUAUUGUUGAUGGUAUUCAAAAGGAUGGUUUGUUGGAUGUCUACAGUUCCAAGUUGAUGGGUGUUGCUGCUGAAAAGUGUGCCAAAGACCAUUCAAUCACUAGAGAACAACAAGAUGAAUUUGCCAUCAGCUCGUACAAAAAGGCCGCUGAUGCUACUGCUAAGGGCAAGUUUAACAAUGAAAUCAGCCCAAUCACCAUCAAAGGUGUCAGAGGUAAACCUGAUGUAACCAUUAGUGAAGACGAAGAAGUCAAAAACUUUAACGAAGCUAAAGUCAAGGGAGCAAGAACUGUCUUCCAAAAGGAAAAUGGUACCGUUACUGCGCCAAACGCAUCCAAGUUGAACGAUGGUGGUGCUGCAUUAAUCUUGGUUUCUGAAGCUAAGUUGAAAGAGUUGGGUUUAAAACCAUUGGCCAAGAUCGUUGGUUGGGGUGAAGCUGCUAGAGCUCCAAUUGAUUUCACUAUUGCUCCAUCCUUGGCUAUCCCAAAGGCUUUGAAGCACGCCAACAUUUCUCAAGAUAAAGUUGACUUCUUUGAGUUGAAUGAAGCCUUUUCUGUCGUUGGUGUAGCCAACUGUCAAAUCUGCAACAUCCCUCAAGAAAGAGUCAAUGCAUAUGGUGGUGCUGUUGCCAUGGGUCAUCCGUUGGGAUGUUCAGGUGCUAGAAUUAUUAUUACAUUGAUUUCUGUUUUGUCGCAAGAAGGUGGAAAGAUUGGAUGUGCCGGUGUCUGUAACGGUGGAGGUGGAGCUUCAUCCAUUGUAAUUGAAAAAGUCGACCACGACACUAAAUUAUAG